GGCCCGCGCGUCACGUGGUCGAGCCGCGUCCAGGGCGCCGAGCCGCGCGCUGCUGGGCAUGGACCCGCAGGCCGCCGGGGCCCAGGCCCUGGGGGCCGCGGGGCCGCCUCGGGGCCCGCCGCUGCCGAGCGCGCGGAAGGCGCCCCCCAGCCCGGGGCCUGGCUUUGCCCCAGAUGACCACUCCCACCAGGAGAGGGAGACUGAGAAGGCCGCAGAUCGACUAGCUCGUGGAGCCCAGAGCAUCCUUAAUGAUAGCCCUCCCCACGGUGAGGGUUCCCAUUCUGAAGAGGAAGGCUUUGCUGUGGAUGAUGACGAUUCUGAUGGGGAGCCGAACACCUGGGAGCUGUUAGAAGGGGCACCUGGCUGCCCUCCCAAGGAACAGGCUGCUGACCUUUUCAGUGAGGACUGGGACUUGGAGUUGAAAGCAGAUCAAGGAAAUCCGUAUGAUGCUGAUGACAUCCAGGGUUGCAUUUCUCAAGAGGUCAAACCUUGGGUGUCCUGUGCCCUGCAAGGAGACAUGAUCUAUGACCCCAGCUGGCACCAUCCACCGCCACUGAUACCCCAUUAUUCCAAGAUGGUCUUUGAAACAGGACAGUUUGAUGAUGCCGAAGACUGAGCGUGUGGCUUUUUUGCUUGGUGGGUGGGCGGACCCUGCAGAUCAAGGUCUCUCUUCCUUUCUCUGAGGUGAGAUGUCGUAUCUGAGGAAAUGUUCCCAGUGAUCCCAGAGUCGGGUGCAUAGACGGGUGUUGAGUACAAGGUCCUUUGUCCUCCGGUUCUGUUGUGUUGUUCCAUUGAGCUCCUCCCUGGAAUGUGUGAGUUUGUGUUUGUCAGGAGGAGGACUUGUGUUCUUUAUAAAUAAAGAUAGAAAAAAAUCAA